AUGUCCGUUAACAAAGUGCCAGUAGAGAUUUGGGAAGAAAUACUUGAAUGGUGCUUUAUCGCUGAUGACUGGGCUAUCGGCAGCAACUUGGCUCAAGUGAAUACAAAAACAAGAUCAAAAUUACUAUCGACGCCCAUACCCUGGCGCAGAAUCUACAUCAAGGCCGUCGAACUCCUCGAUCACGAUAGCGACAUCAGGGAGUCGUAUGAGGCGUGGGCGAGUUUAAUCAAAGAGAGAUCAGAGCAUUCCGUGAAAUACAUACACCUAGAUAUUCUCUAUGCACCCGAAAACAAAAAGUACAAGCUACUUCAUACCUACUCUCUCGACAAUCUGUUGAAUCCAUUCACUUUACUGCAACUAGACACACUCAUAUUCACCUCUGGGCAGCCCUAUGUCGAGCUAUUUAGUAUACCAGCCAAACACAUCAUUGCGCGGCACACGGGCCUCGACGAAGAUUCUGAUCCUAUCGCCCUACACCUCAAUAACACAGUGGAGACGGUAGAUUGCGAGGAUGUGGUGCUUCGAUAUCCUGAUAUAUACACUGGUAAUGUAUCGACAUCACUCAGAUCUGCCAGGUCGAACUUUGUGGGUAGAACGAAUGCUAUUAUGAAAAGCAAUCAGUGGACUGGAGAUGAUUUUAGAGACUGCGCCACGGCAUACGACGAUGAACAUUUCGAUGUUAUCUUCUCUAGUCCGAAGCUCGAAUCUCUCACAGUCAUUCAUUCAGACGCCGCGACGUGGACGACGAAUAAAAGCAUGGCUCAGCUCAAAUCACUCACUGUUAGCAAUAGCCACUGCGACUUUUUUUAUAAUGUUCGCAUGCCGAAUUUGGAGAGACUGACACUCGCUGAUUGUUUCAGUAUCCAGUCUAAUGAUUUAGCUGUCAUGCCUGACUCAAUUAAACACCUGGCGGUCAUACGCACUGAAACUCCUUAUUAUUAUCACUACCUACCUAAUAUCAUUUCGCUUAAUUUGGAGGGUUCCCCUUUGGAAUUGGUUCACUGGGUGGAUCGACUGCUGAAUGUACAAAACCAUAACUUAACAUCGCUCAACUCUCUCAAAGCACUCAACAUCUCUUUCACAUGUGUGGAUUUUGAAACGGUGCUUGAGAUAGCCAAGAGGCUCGAUCUGGACCAAUUGGUAUGUGAUAUGCCCCCUGGUGAGGGACUAGAGGGAUACAUAAGAGACUUUGUUCCUCAUGUUUGGACGAGCAUAGAGCAGUAUUAUGAGGAUGUUGAGAGAAAUGAUGAUCUGGAGCAGUACUUCUUCCCUGCGCCAGUGGAACCUGGUAUACCACCGGAUUCAGAUGAGGAAACUUAA